AUGGCGACUACCCGCGAGCGCCGCGUUGCGAAGGAACUACAGGACAUAUGGAAUGACAGAGAGGCAUCGGGUGUCAUGGCCGAACCCCUCAACUCUAGUAACCUGUCGCACCUCAAAGGCUCCUUCAGCGGCCCUCCGGACUCGCCCUACGCCGGGGGUACAUACGAGGUCGACAUUCAGAUUCCCGAUAAGUACCCGUUCAAGCCGCCCGCCAUGUAUCUGAUGACGAAGAUCUGGCACCCCAACAUCAGCAGCGUCACUGGCGCCAUCUGUCUCGAUAUUCUCGGCACAGCAUGGUCGCCAGUCGGUACCAUCAAGACAGCGCUGCUCGCCAUUCGAAUGCUUCUCGAAUCGCCGAACCCGAAGGAUCCCCAGGACGCCCAGGUCGCCAAGAUGUUGAUCGAGAACCCGAAGCUGUUCGCCCGAACGGCGCACGACUGGGCCGUCAAGUAUGCGGGCGCGCCCAGGGUGGAAGCGAUUCCGCUCAAGUAUGACGAAGGUUCAAAGGAGGGUUCAAGGAACGAUGCCAGCCGAUAUGCUGGCUACAACAAGGACCUGGUGGACCGUUUUGUCAACAUGGGAUUUGACGUUGACAAGGUGGUCGAGGCUUUUAUCUUCGUUGGUAUUGAUAGGAACGGAGGCAACGACUACGAACUCGAGGAAGCGUAUAUGGGCGAUAUCACCGCACGGCUCCUCGGCGAGCAGUAA